AAACAGUUCAUAUUCAUUAAUCGUUGACUUAAACAGUUUGCAAGUUUUUUAGUGUAUAACUGUAAACGUUACACGCUGUGCACUUCAUGUUCAAAGCGUUUACGUCUCACUGCCGUAAGAUAAAUUAGAAGACGUAACGUUUCUCAAACGUUUUUCUCCUCACUGUCAGUGAAAAGUCUUUAUUUCUACACCUGCUGGCCAGGUUUCUCUCAUUAUGGCUACACGUGUUCGGCCGAGCAGUAAGCGGUGUGCAGUGAUCGGGGGGUCUGGUUUUCUGGGCAAACAUCUGGUGGAGAAGCUCCUGGACAGGGGCUAUUCUGUCUCAGUGUUCGACAUCCGGCAGAGCUACGAGGUUCCUGGUGUCACCUUUCACCAGGGAGACCUCUGCGAUAAACAGGCUCUGCUUUCUGCUCUGAAGGACGUGUCUCUGGUUUUCCACUGCGCCUCCCCAGCUCCUGCAAGUGACGAUCGGCUGCUGUUUGAGAGGGUCAACAUUCAAGGCACACAGACGGUUAUUCAGGCCUGCAUUGAUGCUGGAGUACAGAAACUGGUCCUGACGAGCAGUGCCAGCGUGGUGUUCGAAGGCACAGACAUUAAGAACGGAAAGGAGGAUCUACCGUACGCCAAGAAGCCCAUCGACUACUACACUCAGACCAAGAUUGAGCAGGAGAAGUUGGUCCUGGCGGCCUGCGACAAGAUGAAGGGUUUCCUCACCGUUGCUAUUCGGCCUCACGGCAUCUUUGGCCCUCGGGAUCCACAGCUGGUUCCCACCCUGGUGGACGCAGCUUGCCGGGGGAAGAUGAAGUUCAUCAUUGGUGAUGGAACCAAUCUUGUAGAUUUCACCUAUGUGGAGAAUGUUGUUCAUGGUCACAUACUUGCUGCUGAGCACCUGAGAGCAGAUUCCCCUAUCUGUGGAAAACCGUAUCACAUCACCAAUGAUGAGCCAAUCCGCUUCUGGGACUUCAUGUCGGAGAUUCUGGUGGGCUUAGGAUACGCCGCCCCGCGCUUCCACCUCCCAUACAGACUCGUGUACGGACUGGCCCUGCUCCUCUGGCUGCUGACUUUGAUCCUACGUCCCUUUAUGUCUUUCAAACCCACCUUUACACCAAUGAGAGUGGCUUUGGCGGGGACCUAUCACUACUACAACUGUGAGCGUGCCAAAGAGCAUCUGGGCUACAAGCCGGUGGUUAGUUUGAAGCAGGGCAUUGCACGCACAGUGGAGAGCUAUCCUCAUCUUAGAUAUGGAGCUUGAUGGGUAGAAUGAAGAUGAAUCCAACACAAGGCACUGAAAAAACUAUUCAAGUCACUGUUCAUCUGAGGAAGUUUUUAUGCUGUGUCAUGGGAUGCCCUGUUUCCACCAGCAGAUGGCAGCAAAUAGCUCUUGUACUUCUACAGUUUCAUUUUGUUAUUGCAUUUUUUGAACAGUAAGGACGAAACCUAUUAGAUAAUUUCACCUUUUGAUUAAUUAUUUUUUAUGUUUUUGUUGUGUUCAGUCCCUGUUAUGCACACAUUCAAAUGUGGCUGGUGUGAUUUUAAAAGGCCUUGACACAUGGACAUGAGGCCACUGACAUGAGUUGCUUUCUAAGUAUCAAACUCCUCUUGGACAAUCUACCAAAUACCGCCUUACUACUGUGCACUUACUAGCAUGUGAGUGUGUGAAUAAUAGAAAAGACACACUGUUGACUGAAUGAAUGCCGUUUGUGAUGUGAAAGUGAUUUUAGUUUGCAAACCAAACUAGAAUGCUGAAUUAUCACUAUUUCUGAAAGUAUAUAAAUAAAGUUUGCCACAUUG